AUGUCUGCUCAAUUCGAAGAUUCCGCAGUCGUUGUUGAACUUCAUCAAGAAACGACAGCGGCUGCUGAAGAAGUCGCUCUAAAAGAAGCGAUCCACACAGAGCGUGUCCUUCGUGCUACGCUGGACCUUCAGCUUAUUGAGCUCAACAAGAACAAGCCAGAUCUGAGAGACUCGGAGAAGAUGGCCCUUAUAAUGAAACUCUGCUCUCUUGAAAAUGAGAAUGAGAAAAUGAAGGAAUCCCAGAAGGAGUAUGAAUUUGAGGAUGUGGAUGAACUAAUGGAUAACUUGUACAUCCUCGAAGCAGAGGAAUACAAACUGUCUCAUACCACCCAGAAGCAAAUGGAAAGAAACCAGAAGAACUAUGACGAGCAGACGAAGAGUUUGAUGGAGUUGGAAAAAGAGGAAAAGAGGAUUAUUGAUGAAAUCAUGGCGUUAAAGAAGGAUAUUGAAGCUGCGAAGGCAGUGUGCACUGGAACGCUAACAGAUGAGGAAGUGCCGGUGUUGAUGGAGUUAGUUAAGGAGAAGAAACACGUGGAACUGAUGAAACUUAGUGAAAACAGGACGACGGAUAGUUUUAAUGAACGACUGCGUCUGGCGGAAGAGGACCUCGAGUACGCAAAAAUCGCCCAGAACGAUUUCUUCCCGCCAACAAACAUCCCUCAAACGAAGGAACAAAUUGAGAACGAGUGGCCGUUGAACUAUAUGCUCUGCGAAAUCGCACUGGAAAAAGAGUACCGACGACACCUCAAGCUGAAAACUAUGAAGUAG